AUGAAACUCAACUUACUGAAUCCAAUAGACCAUACGAGGUCCAGUCCGGUUAGACCCAUUGUGCCUACCCUCUCACUGAGCGAACCCAUCAACCUCCAAGUCGUGCUUGACGAAGAUGAGCAGCUCGAUCUGCUGGGAACAAAAGUCAACGUCCACCUUUACGGAGUGAUCGAAUUGCUUCGAUACGAGACCUUUACCAACAGUGGUGGGAUUGUCAGUUUCAAGGCCCGCCCAGUUCGGUCGGAAGAUUUGUUGAAUGUCUGUCGGGCCAUGGUGCUGCAGACACCACAAGAAUGUACCACGAUAGAUUUGUUUUCGUCGUCCUCGUCAUCGUCAUCGCCGGGCCUCGAUGCGUCACAGUUGCCGUCGUCCAUCGAGGUCAUCGGGAAAGACACUUCGGACUCGUCGUCGGACUCGUCGCCGUUGAUGCAGCUCGUCGUGAGAUAUGUGCUCUCGGUGUCGGAUUGGAAGGGCAGGACCGUAUGUCAGGAGGUUCACAUGUUGGGUCAAAGCCUCAGCGAGAGGGAAGGGUUUGCCGAAGCCAAGAUUCUCCGACCGAGAGGAGGAUACAAGCGCGGUAUCUCACAAAGGUCGUCGACGUGGAAGUGGGCGGCCCGUCUUGAUCCGUUCAGGCACUUCAGACCCGCCGCAGCAUCGCGGCCGCGCCGUGAGUUGACCGUCGACGUGACAGGGUAUGAUCCGAUCGUCCUCAGGCAUCAGGAGAACACGGUGUCGACGGUGGUUCGUUGGCGCUUGAGGCUAGCUAAUUACCGGCAACAAGACCUGAAAUCCCCAGAACCAAAAGUGGCCAUGUCUGCACGUUGGAGUCUACGGUCCUCGACUGAGUGGGAGAUCUCGGGUUCGGAAGGAAAUCAUGUCAGGAUCCAGGACAGAGGCAGUCUCCAUGGCUCAAGCAUCUCGACGUCUGAAGAGGCCGUGACUGAGUGGCGACAGGGCUUCGAGGAGAGUCUGGAAGCUCAACACUGUACAACCUUGUCACUCCCCGUACGACAAUUUCUGGCACCGACGUUCUUCUUGGGGUCCAUUCAGCAUACCUAUACCUUGCACUUGAAGGUGUGUUGUCGAGUGAAGGGGGAGAAGUUGAACAUUCGCGCCAACCUCGAGUUUGAGUUACCUAUCGCAUUGAUAUAUGUGGCGCCAGGAUAUGAUAGUGACGAUGCGCCGCCUGCAUAUUCCUAA